AUGCGCGAGACUGGCGCCUCGACGCCCCGCAGUCGCACUGGACUUAGGUUCAGGGAGAGACUCAGCAAGCUCGUCCAAAGACCAUCAUCUGCCUCUGGCAAGUCUCAUCUGAACGUCCCCGAGCUAUCGAGCCGAGACUCCUCUUCAGUGCUCAGCAUCAAGAACAGCUUAUCAGAUGGCGCCAACACCGCUCCAGAAGACUCCGUCGAAAACAAAGCUACGUUGUCUCUUACAGAGGCCUCGACCGCCGUGUCGCCACCGUUCGAUGAAUCGACGGGAGAUGUAUCUGGCACAACCACCUCCAUGAAUGGCCAUGUCACGCAGAUGUGGCACAGAGCUUUAGAGGCGGUCAUGAGGGAUGAAGAAGUGAAAGAAGCAGCCAUUCUGUUUGACAGCCUUCUCAAGGAACACAUGAAGCAAGGUUUGCGCCCUAACGUCUCUUAUCCGUCCAGCUCAUGGUACUGGCUUGAAGACCUAAUCAGAACAAGCUUUUUCGACACAACCAAAGAGCUCUUCGGAGCCCGAACCAAAGAAUGUAGAGGAUGCUCUCAGCCUAGUCGAUCGUACUUUGCAAGACGCAACGAAAGCUCAACAAGCACUGGAUACCACCUUGGGUGUAUUCGCCGUCGUAAAAGGACUCAGUUCGUUUGUGGGAUCUAUGCUAUCAGAAUACCCACCCGCAGCUCUAGCUUGGGCUGGAGCUUGUGCCUGUAUUCCAUGAAGUCGCCCGACUCCCUUAAGAGGCAUCGUAAUGCUGAACAUGGCAUCCGGCAGAUAAUUUCAGCGCCUCUAGAACAACACCAGAGUAUGAUCAAGGGCCUGAGACAUAUCUACGCUCGGGCGCCUAUCUAUUUUGACCUGACUGGCAACCUUCUUCAGGAUGGAGCUCUCAGCUUUGACUUGGGCAGUUCAAUCCGCACCAACAUCCAACCACUCUACGAAGGCAUUUUGAAGUACAUAAUGCUGAGCAUCUGCUCAGUCCAUCGCGGAAAAUUCAGUCGUUUCUGGGAAGCCAUCUCUGGCCAGGCUCAGUGGGAAACCCUUCUCAACAACAUCGAGAAAGCCGAAGACAGUUCAUUGCGAAACAUACAAACGAUUCAUGGUUCCAAACUUCUGGCCGUCACCACCCAUUUCAGCGAGAGAUAUUCGAGGGCUGUUGAUCUCGAGGAAGAUCGGCGCAGAAAUGAAUACCUCCACAAACUGAAGGGAAUGGAUUAUCAAACUCGUCUAAACACCACUCGACGUCGACUUGAUGGGACCUGUCAAUGGUUUCGCCAACACCCUGGGUUCAGAGACUGGCUGGACAGCGAUGGUGGCCUACUUCUGGUCUCGGCCAGUGCCGGCUGUGGCAAGUCUGUCCUCGCAAAAUACCUCAUCGAGGAACUGCUUCAUGAGGAAGAUGCUGGUGCGACUGUCUGCUAUUUCUUUUUCAAAGAUAGCGAUCCACAAGCGAGAAGUUGUGUGAAUGCUUCUAAAGCAAUCCUCCAUGGUUUCCUCAAGUCAAAUCUUGAAUUGGUAGAUACCUGCAUAAAGGAACUACCCAUAACCUCUGGCAUCUCCAACAUGGAUUUGUGGCCUACAUUCGACAAAUUGUCAAGAGCGCAAGGUGCGGGAAGAAUCAUCUGCGUGUUAGACGCACUUGAUGAGUGUGAUCCAACUGAACGGGAUGGCUUGAUCAACAGUCUCAAAAACUAUAUCACCAAGAACCACCGAACAAUAGGCGCCAAAUUUAUUGUGACAACCCGAGGAUAUCCACAGAUUGUCAAUCUGUUCGCCGAUUUCUCUUCCAACAAGAUCCAUUUAGACGGCGACAGUGAUGAAGUGAUGGACCAUCGAUUGAACAAGCUUGAAACGACAAUGCCUGAUAUCGGCCCUGCGACGUCGUUGGAUAUCAUACGCACAGGACUGAUCGAGAAUAGCACAGAACAGAGGACAUAUCUGUGGAUGCAUCUCAUGUUUGACUACAUUCGCAAGAACAGGUUUUGUACCAGGGAAGAAUGGCGAGAAAUCUUCCGGAACCCUCCCGACACUGUCGAUCGAACCUACGAAGGGCUCUUGCAAAGUGUCACGCCUCAAGCGAAGGAGAGAGUACGCACUCUAUUGGCUCUCAUACUGGCUGCGGAGAGACCGCUUACGAUUGCGGAGCUCAGUACUGCCGUCAACUGUCGAAUCAAUGCACUUGAGUCACGAAACUUUGACCUCGAUGAUAUCCCAGACGAGAAAGAGUUUGGAUCUUGGAUAAGGUGGGAAUGCGGCUCAUUUGUCACUAUAUACGAAGGACAAACCUUCUUGAUUCAUCAGACAGCCAAGGAAUUCCUCUUGGAAACAACGGAGGCCGACCAUGGAUGGUGGCAAGGCUCAAUGACUGAACACGUCAUACAUCAGUACAUGGCCGAGUCAUGCAUAUCCUUUCUCUCCCUCGGGAAGUUUCAACAACAAGAAUACGUCGAUGACGUGCAAACCAAAAUAUCCAAUGCGGAUAAGACUAGAGAUUCCUAUUUUGUUCCUGAAGAACUCCCCAAUUUUGAGUCUCCCAAUCUUCAGUCUUCUUAUCAUUACGCUCGUUCUCUUGAAGCUAUCCUUCUUGAAGCUGCCAAUCUUGAACCUUUUGUGGUUUAUUCAGCAAUGAACUGGAUGUAUCACUUUAGGCAAUGCCAGCAAUCUGGUCUCUCUGACUGCCAGGUCACAGACGUUGGCAAGGAGUUCUUCGACCUCUACCUCAGUCUUUUCACGAAGAAACACGCGGAAAGCUACAUCACGUGUGGUGAAUGGAGACAGCGACCAUGGUAUCUCAUGCUGAUGGCUUCGAAACCUCCUGGAGUAUCUUCACAAAUGGAAAUUACGCAGAAAGAAUAUCAGCUGUUGUCGCCAGGGACUCUCGCAGUCUCGAGUCUUGCUUGCAUCUUCGAUCAUAGGCGUCUUCUAGUUUUCGCCUUGGAUGUGCUGGGAGAAGAAACCAGUCAUACAGCCAAUGAUCUUGCCACUGAGUUCAUCAAAACCAGGCCCGGUCUCUCGCUUCCCCACUUUGCGGCUUGCGGAAACUCGUCGUGGUGCCUGAGCCAUCUUCAAACCCGAGAAUACAACGUAGACCUCCAAGAUUUCGUCGGUCAAACACCACUUCAUAAAGCCAUGAUGAUGGGCAAUGAACAAGUGCUUGAAAUUUUACUGAAGUUCGGCGCUUCGAAAACUAGCUUAGACUGCUCUAACAUGACACCACUCACCUCGGCCUUGAUAUCCAUCCCCGGUUGGAUCAAAGAAUAUAUUGCGUCUAGUGACAGCGCUGAGUCUGAGCUGCGGUCACUUCUAUACUUUUCCGCCACAGCAGAACUUCCAGGCUACGGAGAUAAGAUGAGACAUAUCUCGGAAAUAAAGCUUGAGAUGCUGCGCAAAAAGCGUUCAAGCGGCACAUACGUUGCUCGGAUGCGUCGCCAUGUCGCCAAAUACUCUCCGCUACGCAUACGCAACGAGGAGCCUGACAUGUUUGCUGGACACUUUGGAAACCUGUAUUACAACUCUUGGAAUGCUCUGCAUCUCAGUGUUCAAGACGAGAAGAGAAUCCACAACACGUUGGAAUUGCUCAAACAUCAGGAGAUGGUUCAUGCAGCCGAUGACUUCGGAAAUACUCCACUUCAUACAGCGACAUUGGCAGACAAUGUCUCUGCGAUACAAGUCCUACUUGAUUCUGAACUAGGAUGCUUUGUUGAUUAUAACUGCAAGGGAGAAAGGGGCGAUACCCCAUUACACAUGGCGUGA